AUGUCUGAAGAUAAUUUAGCUGAUGAACUUGGAAUACGUGAAGGUGUUAUUAUUGAAUCUGGAAAAUGUAAAUAUCAAAUAUCAAAAUUACUUGGUGAAGGUGGAUUUGGUGCUGUAUUUAGAGUACAUGAUGUAUCAAAUUCUAAACUUGAGUAUGCAAUGAAAAUAGAAAAAAAACUUGAUACAAGAAGGCAUUCAAAAUUAAAAAUGGAGAUUGCAAUAUUAAAGUUAGUAUCAGGAUGUCGUGAAGGAACUUCUCAUUUUACUUCUAUUGUUGAUAGAGGAAAAAAAGAUAAUUAUUUUUUUCUUGUUAUGGAACUUGUAGGAAAAAGUUUAGCUGAUUUAAAAAAUAGUAGACCAGAACGAAUAUUUACUCUUCAAACUGGAAUAUCAGCAUCUAUACAAUGUUUAGAGGCAAUUGAAGAUUUACAUAAACAAGGUUAUCUUCAUAGAGAUAUUAAACCAGCAAAUUAUGCAAUAGGAUUAGGUGAUAAAAAAAAAGUUGUGUAUAUUUUAGAUUUUGGAAUUGCAAGAAAAUUUUUAAAUGAAAGUAAUGAAUUAAAAACACCAAGAGUUACGGUUGGAUUUAAAGGAACAGUAAGAUUUGCAUCAUUAUCAUGUCAUAAAAAUCAAGAAAUGGGUAGAAAAGAUGAUUGUGAAAGUUGGUUUUAUUUAUUGAUAGAUUUAAUUGUUUCAACAGGACUUCCAUGGAAAAAACUUUCUGACAAAAAACAUGUUAUGACAUCAAAAGAACGAUCGAGAAAAAUUCGUAGUACAUUUUUUGGUGGAUUUAAAUGUGAAGGUGAAUUUGGAAAAAUUCUUGAUUAUAUUGAUUCAUUAAAAUAUCAUGAUAAAGUUGACUAUGAAUUUAUUUAUUCAUCUUUAAGAAGAGGUGCCAAAGAAAGUGGGUGUGUUUUAACAGAUCCAUUAGAUUGGGAAAAAGAAGAUUUAAAUAAAAAUGAAAAAGAAGAAGAAUCGGGUGAGGGAUAA